CACAUUUGUUGCCCACUCUCGUCGGUUUUGAUUGUUGUGCAAUGAGAAGCGGAAAGACCACCUUGCACCUGAUAUCCUACCCUACAGUAUAAAGCGACCAUAAAAUAUUAAUUUUUUGUUCUUGUAUUUUCUCCUUUUGUGACUCAUAGGUCGUACGUGCGUGAUCACGUGUAUGUAUGUACGUACGACUACAUACAACACAACAACAAACACAUUUGUCGAUAGACCGAGCGGUAUCUAAUCUUUCAAGCGCAUGCGCUGCUCUUUCCACCGGCUUGACCGGUUACUUACUCACACUUAUAUAUAUAUAUGUAUAUGUAUAAUUUUCCUCAUACAAUGGCUCAAUUCUUCGCAAUUCCUCGGUAGGAUCUGUGACUUAUGGGUGUGUUUUGACGGCUCGCUUACCAAAGAUUAGCGUGUGGAUUGUGUCACCUUCACACAUGUCCAUGUGUUACAUCACAUUGCGGUUAUCAGUUGAUAAGGCCGUUUGCCGUUAAACGAAAUCAAACCAACGUCGAUCCACCAUCGGUAUAGAUCCAACUACGCCGCUGAUCGAUCGAUUUCGUGGAUCAAGAUCUGUCGGAGCAAAAACGAGUGGAACAACGCACGAGAUGGACGAUCAGAAGAUGAAUUGCGACAAUGAAGCUUCACGUAUACCGUAUCUGCGAGCAAUUCAGAGAGUACCGGGCGACACUCCCAGCGAGAAGCUGAGCUGGAUGAACAGAUGCGCGCUCCAACAGGACGGCGAGAAUCAAAUCCCAGCGGAAUUGUUGCCUCUGUAUCGUGUGGAAGUUGCUCUCAGAAACAAAAAUCACGAGGAAAUAACCGCGGCUCUAAAAUCCGAAAACUUAACGCUUGUAAAUCGAGCUCUCAAAGCCGCCUGGUACUUCGACGGCAGCUACAAGAAUGUUGUCGAUGACGCGUACUUCGUCGUGCACGUCUUCCCGUAUGUUCCGGUAAACACGCUAAAGCGCAUUGUGAACGCGCUUGCGUACCGUACGAUCAACCGAGAUCCGGCAUUCGCCCAACGAAUGUUCACGGCUGUGAUGACCUUUUUCGACAUUCAAACGGCUUAUCCGUUACUUCUGGCGUCCGGUGAGCAAUUUGCUUACGAAACGAUUGUGGAGAAGGAGCACGCGUUGCCGUGUCGCAUGAUGAAAAAACUGUGGCGCGCGUAUCCGAAUUUCGUGGUUCGUUAUCUAAAGCUGCUGCCUCCGCGCACCCUCGACAGUCCACCGGAGAACGAUCGUUUGCUCAAACCUUUUGGAGCCACAAUUCACAAAUACGAAUCUUUCUUGCCGAAUUUGGUGAAGAAGCGGGUCAAGGAUUUCGCGGAAUUGUGCGAGAUAAAUCAACAAUCUCUGCCGCGCAUUACGUUGAGCAACACAGCCGCCGAGGUGUUUCUGAAAAAAGGACACUCGUACUUCGUCAAAAAUCCACUGUUGUACAUCGACAUGUUGCCGCACAAAAAAAUCAGUGCCGAAGUAAUGAAGACCAUAUUUCCCUCUCUGUUGCCUAAGAAAAAGAGCAAUUUUGAUACAGAUCGCAUGCUCAAAUAUCUAAACUAUUAUCCCAAAGAUAAGAGAUGGAAGUUACUCUACAAGUCGUACGAGACGGUGUACGAUACCGAACUUGUUAAGGACAAAAAGAACAUAACGUUCAAGUUGCUGCAGGUGUUGCCUGCAAAUGAACGAGUUAAGCUGACCAGAUCUCUCAUCGACAACGAUAUCAGCCAGGAGAGAGCCGAUAACAAUAACUACGAGAAAUGUUUGAUGUGUUAUUUGCCAACCGACGAGGUAAUACCGGCUCUUAAGGAAAAAGUAAACUAUACGUCGGAUGUGACAGAUAGGCGUAAUUAUGUUUUGCAAAUGUUUUACAAUUGUAAGGUCAACGACGACAACGAUGCGCUGUACGAGACUUUGGAUUAUUUUCUAAAAAGACACAGAAACGGAGAUAUCAGACUGUACGAAGAUACGAUGAAAAUCAUUGAGAAUUUGUUCGAUGUAUCUCAUUUAAAUGAAAACAUUUGUUCGUCGAUAAUCGACAUCGCGCGCCUGUCCUAUAUAAAGUACAAAUACAUAGACAGGCAAUUGAUAGAGGCUCUGAUGCAUCACAAACUCAUCCACGAUAUGGAUAUCGCGGAUUUGGUCAAAAUGUACAUAGACAACAUGAUCUCGCACAGUUAUUCGAUAAACUUCAAUGUACUUAGAAAAUAUCCAAAAUACGAGAGAUAUUGUCUGGUAAUAUUUUUGGAUUACAUGAAAACGGAGGCAUUUGAAAAAUCGACAUACGACUUAAAUUCUCAUAAAAAAGAAACACUUUUGAUGGAUAUGGUCGAGGCGAUGUACAAUUUUAAUAACAGAUGCGAAAAAGCGAAAACGAAGAUUGAACGCGUAACUAUUACGGACUAUCCUUGGUUGAUAGACGAGAUCAAUGCUAUCUUGAUAAAAAAGAACUUGAACGCUAAAAAUCCAUCGUAUAAUUAUCAUGUAAUAAAAAAACUAUUAAGAACGAAAGAACCGAAAUUGUACGACGAAUUGUUCUCUUCGGAGAAAAUAAUUGUGGACGUAACAACGGGAGAAAUUCUCCGUCUGCUAGCGCGAAGUCCGCAGAGCAUAGCAAAGGAUAGUCAAGAAUAUUUCAAUCGUUGUGUCGAACAAUCCCAAUCAAAAUUGUCGCAACGGUUUGUGAAAGCCACUCGUUGGUACAAAGACAUACCCAUCCUGUUUGCUGAGCGUUGCCUAGCGAUUUUGGAUAAAAAAACUGAGAAAGACAAUCCAUCGUUCAUUAUUGUUAUGAGUCUUCUGCUUCACGGCGAUUCGCUGACAAAAGUGAUAGACCCUCUUCUGCCCGCGGAAACAACGAUAGAUCCUAACAAACCGAACCUGCAUAAGAGAUACGAGCUCUUGCAAUGGGUAUGCCGCGGUAUGAACUUGUCGAAUCCGCCAGUGUCUCUCGAUCUCUUAGCUAGAAUAUGUCGAGGAGAUUACUUAUCGGUUGCGUUGUAUUCGAUAACGAGUGUCUGUAUGCGAUCGUCUAUUCCCAAAGUGAAGGCGUUCGCGCAAAAUUUGGUGAGCAUGCGCAUUAGCGCUCGAAAGCACGGGCUAGCUGUGAUGAGCUCGAUAACUUCCGCAGACCAACAGAUCAACUUCCUCUGGGAAAUGUGGACAACCCAGAAGCAAUAUUCGAUAAGAGAAGUUUUAUUCGAACACAUCCACAAGAUGUUCGUUAAGACGCCUAAUUCGGAAACGUGGAAUUUUUACAGCGAGGUCAUUUCAACGUUGAACAACAAAGAUGUAAGCAAUCUGUUCAAACCGGCUUACGAGAUUCCCCAGGAAUACAUUAACAAAUAUCUCAAAGUGUGGUUUGAUACGUUGUACAAAGUGUGGGAUAGAAGGGGCACCAUUGACAGUUAUCUGCAGAGUUUGGAAGGUCCCGUCUGUGACUUGUUGUCCGAGGAACUCGUCAAGAACGUGCUCACAAGAUUCUUGUUUUACGAAGGCUCGGACACCAUAGAGGACAUGGUAAUAGCCGGAAGAGCCAGACACUUCGCGGUCAUCUAUCUUUCGCCAAACGACAAGAAUAAACUCGCAUCGCGCAUCAAGAUAACAAUGGAUGUCAUCUUGAAUGCUGUGAAAAAUCGCUGGAACGCGUAUCUGCCUAAAUCAUGUUACUACCCGGUCAACAUUGGUAUGCGCGAAUUGAUAUUCGACCUUGUUCGUCAUUCCGCUAUUGAUACGCAGGUCAUUGACGGUAUGCUGACGAUGUUCUCGUCAGUUUUGCGACCCGCAGAGCUCGCGGAGUCUUAUUUGCUGUUAACGUACGCGAAGAGACUGAAGAAAAACUGCACUCCGCAGGAAGCUCAUGAUUUCGGUCUGAAUCUUGGUCAAGGAAUAACCGAUAUCGUCAUUUUUUCGCCGUUGCUGGUCCCGUUCAUGGCUGACGUUCUUGAUCAAUUCCUGACGUCCAGCGUCGAGAAUUGGGUCAGAAAUAUGGAAAAAACACGCCAGCCGACGGAAGAAGUCUGCAUGCAAUUGAAACAGCAAGACAAACCGGCUCAAUCGGUCGACGAGAUAAGGUUUAGUAUCAUAGAAGGUCUUGUCGAGGCUAACAACUCGUACUCUAACUUCAUAGCUAUAACAAUACUGUCCCAGAAAUAUAAACGGUCUGAAGAAUAUACAGAAUAUCAAAAAUAUGAAGGACGUUACAACGAACUGAUCAAAAAGUUCCGUAAAACGGAUGAUCCUGCAAUCAUGACAAUGCUCUGCAGGUAUCUGUAUAAAUAAAUAUAAACAAUUAUAGUUUUUUUUUUUUUUCGAAGUUACCGAGAGAUGCGACAGUAUCAAGUCAAAUAUUUGAAUAAAUCAAACAAUCUGUACGCAUCUCGAUUUCUAUUCGCGACAGAGUAAAUGAUGUUUUUUUUUUCAAUUGUUGGUUGUAAAAUCGCGAUUCAAACUUAUGUGCAUGUUAUUUUGAUUUCUAGUUUUUUUUUUUCUCAAAGAAACGAAAUAUUGCUAAAAAUGUAUCUCGAGGACAAAGGUAAAGUCUCUGGGAGGUUCUUUUUUUUUUGUUGAAAAAAAGAAAUAUAUGUACACAAUAUAAAGUAACAAUUGCACCGCACGAAGAAGACACAAAAUGAUUAGUUUUCGCAUUUAUGAAACUUUUCUACGAAGGAUAUAUACUCACGUUUCUUUUUUUUUACAAAAGAUUUUUUAGUCAAUGUGAAUUAAUAAAUAAACAAACUUGUGAUAUACAAAUAGAGUUAUAUUAUAGAGUUUCCAAGCGGACAAAUUGUAAGAGAGUGCAAAUGUACUUUAAGUAAUAAAAAGAUAAUAUAUUUUGUACAAUAACAAAUUUUUAAAUGUACU